AUGUCGUCUCAACCCCCUCACAACACUCUGCUCAUCCCGGGCCCGAUUGAGUUUGAUGAUGCAGUCCUGCAGUCCAUGUCCCACUAUGCUGAGAGCCACGUUGCUCCCGGCUUCGUCAAGGUCUUUGGCGAGACCCUGACUCUACUGCGCAAGCUGUUCCAGUCCACCAAUCCUUCUGCUCAACCUUUCUUGAUCUCCGGCUCCGGCACUCUCGGAUGGGACCUGGUCGCGGCCAAUUUGAUCGAGCGGGGUGAAAAUGCUCUCGUCCUCAAUACCGGGUAUUUCGGUGACUCCUUCGGCAACUGCUUGACGACGUACGGUGCCGAGGUUACCCACUUGCGCGCCCCCAUCGGCGACCGCCCUUCCUUCGAGACUGUCGAGGCUGCGCUGAAGGAAAAGUCGUAUAAGCUGGUGACGGUCACACACGUCGACACCUCCACUGGUGUGCUGAAUGACAUCAAGCGGGUCGCCGAGAUCGUGCGUCGGGUCAGCCCGGAGACCUUGGUGAUUGUCGACGGCGUGUGCAGUGUGGGCUCCGAGGAGAUCGCCUUUGAUGAAUGGGACCUCGAUGCCGUGGUGACCGCCUCGCAAAAGGCCAUCGGAUGCCCUCCGGGUCUGAGCAUUGUGUACUGUUCAGGACGCGCCAUUCAGCGCGCUCAGUCUCGCCAGACUCCCCCGGCUUCCUACUAUGCCUCCAUGGCCAACUGGCUGCCUAUUAUGCAGAAUUAUGAGGCCUGCAAGCCCUCGUACUUUGCCACCCCGCCAACUCAGCUUGUCCACGCCCUGCACACCACCCUGAGCCAGAUCACCGCCCGUCCCAUGUCGGAGCGCUUUGCGGUCCACACUGCCGCCUCAGACAAGGUCAAGGCUGCCGUUGCCGAGAUCGGUCUCUCCCAGGUGGCUGCCAAGCCCGAGUGUCAGGCCCACGGUAUGACGGCCAUGUACCUGCCGGACGGUUUGGCCCCGCCUGAUGUGCUGCCGGGUCUGCUGAAGCGCGGUGUCAUCUUCGCAGCCGGUCUACACAAGGAGAUCGCCACCAAGUAUAUCCGAUUUGGCCACAUGGGUGUCAGCGUGACGGAUCCCCAGCGCAAUGAUAUUGAGAAAGCUCUGGCUGCGCUGAAGGAGGCUUUGGCGGAGGCCAAGCAGGCCAAGGGUCUGUAA